CCCUUUAUUAGUAAGGUAAUACAUAUAUGGUCAUCGUCCACACUGUCAUAUUUCCCUUAUUUGCCAUGUGGAUUAACAUUUAACUGUAUGUCCAAAUUUGGACUGAUCAUAGGAACAUAGCCAAUCAAGUAUAAAAUAUACAAUACUUACAUUGAGUGUGAGUUGACUUUAAAUGACUAGAUCUACAUCAUCAUGGCACAUGGUAAUAUACUGCACCAUUUAAACCCAAAAAAUAACCCAUCAAGGGACACAGUGGAUCUACGGAUAUAACCCUAACCCUCAUUUUCUGCUCAAAACAGCAAAAAUGGAAAAACCUGGCAAAAACAUUACCUUGAUAUUUUAAACCUUGAUAAAAUGAAAUAACAAAGCAUUUUUAUAACCAGAACAAUGAGUUAGACUCAGCAGCAGCCUUACAUUCUUAUCAACCAUUUUAAUGAUUCUUCUUUGCAAGUUUGUUGAGGACCAAUGUGGCUUGAGAGGUGAAACCAAGUGCCAAGAUUGUUCACAGUGUUUAGAUUAUUUUAUUGAGUUCCUCAAAGUAACUGCACAACUGUACUCCAAAAGCUGUGACUCAUCCCAUUCUGUCACCGAUGACAGUUCUGCAUUAUCUUGCUGUUUAAUCAGUUUUCAUCACGACACAGGCAUACACAAAGCAAACCUCCGACAUGCAAAGCGACUACUUUAGUUAUAUUCAAAUUUCAAAUUCAUCCCUCAUAGGGCUCACAAAUAGGGAGUGAUCCAGAUGUGCCCUACGCUACCAUUUUUCAUACUCAACAUGCAGCAGCCCAUCAGCAGAAUGAUAUUCCUGGAGAGAGUGUGACAUACAGUACCAUUGUAAUAAAGGAUAGUGUGCGACACAUGACUGAACCAUUAGAUGGAAGUGUGAUCUACAGCACACUACACACUAAAACUGAAUAAGUGCCUAUUUGCAGAAAAGGGGGGGAGGACAUUAAUCCUGAGAGCAUGGCAACACUGAUGAAGUCAUUCUAUGUGCACUUCAUUAGUAGUAUCUUUCAACAUUUUGGAUAAAUCAAUCAACCCUACAGUUUGUAUCAGAGAUCUGUAAGGUAAAAGUGUUAUUUUGCGUAUUUUGCACUGACAGAUGGACACAUUGAGUAAAAGCAACAGUUUAAAUAUUAACCAAAAGCAGAUCAGAGGCCACUAAAAUUAACCAAAUUAAGGAAGUGUCAAGGAGUGCUCUUGGUGCAACUUCUCCUACCAUGAGUUGACAUUUUGACAUUGAAGACUAUCAUUAACGUGAGAGAACCUUAAAGACACAGUUCAACCCAAAAUAAAUAAAUAAAAAAGACAUUUUCCCUUUACCUGUGAUGCUAUUAUUAAUCUAGAUUGUUUUGGUGAGAGUUGCUAAAUGUUGAAUAACUUGGAGGUGUUGUGUAAUAUUUCGCAAAGUAAGAAACAGCAGUCUCAAAGAAAUGGAAAUGAACAAUGUGACAAGUCUUGCUCGUCAUUAUUGUGCAAAUAAAAACAGACAAUUUAAAAUUAUAAAUCAUUGCUAUUAUUAUUAACUCAAGCAUUUUUAAUUUGUUUGUUUUUACUUGAUAUUUGUUUUAAUGAAUGUAAAACACUUCACUCAGAAUAAGCGUAACUGCCCUGAAAGGAAGAGGAAGAGAGAUUUUAACAGUUGCAAUGCAUGUUUAGGAAAAUCAGGAAGUAGAAAAUUAGUCUGUCAGUGCAUCAGUCGGUGAUGUAUUUUGUCCGACCCUGCUCACUCACCGACAUGGAUGUUCCUCUCAGAGUUCUUCUCAUCAUCACCGGACUCACAGGAAUUCACAGCAUAACUACAGUCAGUAAAGUGUCAGUAAAGGCUGGAAAAUCAAUCUCUAUCCCAUGUCUCUAUGACUCAAAAUAUAGAAAACAUGUGAAAUACUUGUGUGAAGGAUAUUCGUGGCGCUCCUGCGAUUAUGUUAUUAAUACAAACGAACACAAUUCAGGAAGGAUUUCAAUCUCUGAUGACAAAAUCCAAAGAAUCUUCAAUAUGACUGUAAAUAAUCUGAGGAAUGAAGACACUGGUGAUUACUGGUGUGCUGUGGAGAUCAAUGAUGGGCCUGAUAUCCACGAGUAUUUUCAUCUGUCAGUCACCAGCGGUACACCAAAUCUCUAUGUGGAUCAUCAGGAGAUUACAGGAUCUAAAGGAAAAGAUAUAACCAUCAAUUGCUACUAUCGUAACCGUGGUAAGAAGAGCUGGUGCAGGCUGGGCAGCUCCUGUGUGACGACUGGAUCCUCUGGAUUAAUAGAUGGAACAAAAGUUUCCGUCAAUGCAAAGGAUCGCAAUGUUUUCACUGUGACUAUGAGUGGACUGAGGACAGAGAGCAGCGGCUGGUACCAGUGUGUUAAAGGAGACUUACAGAUGCCUGUGCAUGUAACUGUUACUGAGCCAACUGUUACUGAGCCAUCUACCACAACCACUCUUGCAACAACAAGCACCACCUUAUCACCCACUACUGAGUCUGUGAAUCUCACCUCUGUUUUUGCAGACCGCACACUUACCACAGUUCAGGAUGAACAGCAAAGUGGUUCUGCUAAACUAAAGAAAUUCAUCAUCCCUUUGAGUGUGUUGGUCUUCACUGUAAUGUUGACCUUGUUCAUCUGGUUCAUGUUGAAAAGACACAAGCAGACCAAAUCAGCAUCAUCAGCCAUGACAGAGGCUGAAGAGGAAGUAACGUACAGUAAAGUUGAGCACAUAAGGAAUACUUCAAACCAGAGGACAAAGGCUGAGAGAGAUGAGGACGUGACGUAUAGCUCUGUGGUUAACAAGAGACAACAAAGUGGCCAAAGGGUUGAAGUAAAUGACGACAAUGUUACGUACAGUAAUGUUGAGCACAUAAGGAAUACUUCAAGCCAGAGGACAAAGGCUGAGAGAGAUGAGGACGUGACGUAUAGCUCUGUGGUUAACAAGAGACAACAAAAUGGCCAAAGGGUUGAAGCAAAUGAAGACAAUGUUACGUACAGCACAUUGGCUUAGCAUCAGUGCAGCUUAGCACACGUUACCACGGUUUGUUCCACCUUUGUCCUACUUUAUCCUGUUCUGCAUACAUUUCAAAGAAGCAUAUCCUGUUUGUUUGCUAUGUUUUCCACAACACCAUUGACAACCCGAGUCUUGGGUCUAACUGUUGUAUUAUUUAGUAGCCCUAAAGGUCACAUAAGUAUGUUAUCUUGACACAUUGUGCAGGGUUUCCAUGUGUCCAAAAAAUUUGAAAUUCAUCUUGUCAAAUGUGUUGUAUCUAUCCAUGUGUCAAAUGUCAAUGUGUCUUACUUACUGUACUGUAUCUCAUAUAAACGAAGCUACUUCUUAAAUAUGAGCUUUUUUCUAUGAUUAUAUUUUCUGUCCUACUUUCAAUGUCUCACACAUCUCCUCCCAUCACAAAUCCAAAAUCUUAACAUCAUAAAUGUUGCAGCAAGUGGUUAAUGUUGUGAAACUGUGGCAGUUAGGUAAAUGCAACAAGACGACUUGAUUAGGAUUUGAAAAACAUUAUGGUCUGGCUUAAAAUACGUCUCUUGCUCUGAUUGUUUAAUUAUGACGCGGAUGGAUCUACUUUGGGGUUAGUUGAAAGCCUGUGGAGUCUAACACAAACGCUAACUCAUGAUCCUCAUGUGAAAAAGGGGCAUGAUGAAGAGUGGUCUUAGUUAACUAAAUUAAAGGACAAAUUAAUGUAAAAGACUAUCUUUUUUCCAAGGAUAUGACAAAACAACAUUUGAUUUGCUCUUUCUUUUAAAGACCCAAUGUUCUCCAUCUUUUG